UUCUGUGUAGUACCUAAAUUACAAUUUACAACCUGCCCAAUUUGUAAUACUCAAGCUAUAACCUUUUGUCUCACGUUUAUUUUCUAAAUCAAGUACCUACCUAUCAUCAUUAGUGGAACUGUGUGAUAUAUAUUGCGAGCUUCAAUGAGAAUUACGGUGUACUAUUUAUUGAAUAAAUAAAAGAUGUUUUGCAUCCAGGAGAAAGAGUCACCUCACAGUGAGUUCACAGAAAAGGAUCCACUCAGUCAAGAAAAUUCUGAAUCAAGUGAUGAUGAACCUACAGCAAAACGGCUUAAAUAUAACUCCGACUUGAACCUCCAAGUCUACAAUAUACCAGUAUUUAACCCUCCAAAAUCUUUGUCGAUUUAUCCUAUGACCCAAUCAUCACCUUUACCAAAGUUUGUUAACAAUCCACUCAAUCUUGCAAAUCCGUUAAAUUUGGCAAACCAAAUAACCAACAAUUUUAAAGUAAACAGUGUAGUUAAGUCUCUACAGAGCAGAUAUUCAUUGCCAGCGAAGUUAACAAUAACUCCUGUUAAAAGUGAUGGAGAAAUAGUAAGGUAUAAGAAGAAUGGAGAGAUCGCAAAGAAACGAGGACCUCCAAAGGGUUACAAGAGGAAGCCAAAGGAUCAGUUGUCACACAGUUUUAAUAAUGGAUCAUCACAACAGGUACAAACCAGUAUCUUAUCACACAUAUUUGAGUCAAACAAUACAACAGUGACGCCGGUAGAGAUUGUGUCUGAGGUCCUACCGCCACCACCCACGGAACCAAUCAAAUUACCACCAGGUGUUGAAUUGGUGGAACUCCUACUUAACCCAGAAGACUGGUUCCCCGCUGAGCCCUACCGAAUGGUGUUCAGCAGAAAGAAGAACCCAAAAUGGAAGAACUUCCCCUACAGAUGUGAACAUUGCUUUAAGGGGUACCGCGUGGCUUCGACGCUGGUGUCCCACUCGGAGCAGCGCCACGGCUGUGCCCCGGGGCAACUGGCGCUGCCCUGCCCCUGUUGUCCGCACGUGUCUCUGCGCCGCAAACAGCACAAGAAGCAUCUUCAGACGCACGAGUCCAAGCGGCACCGGAUAUUCUGUCUCUACUGCCUCCCUCCCACCGACCCUUCGGAGCCCUACGUGAAAGAGCCCUCGAGGUAUCCUUUCGACAAGUAUCCCCAGUACUGGUACGCUUCCGAAGAAUCGCUCCGGCUCCACAAGAAGAGGAAACACCCGUACGCCGCCCUGUUCAACGUCACCUGGCACGGCAGCUGGGGCGAUAGCGCGCCCAACAGCUAAGUCAUGGUAGCUUAUGGUAGAAUUCUGUAGGUUAUUGUAACUAUAGUGACAAAAAUGAAUUGGUAGGUUUAUUGAAAUGUGAUGUUGGCAGGUACGAUAAAGAUAAAAAGUGUAGAUUUUAGAUUGUAGGGAUUUGGAAUGUAAGACAUGACAUGUGUUGGGGAGUUAACUUUUAAUACUUUAAUUAUGACCGUUGUUAAUUAUGAGGUCCUGGCGAUGGUUGGAUAGGAGAUAUAUUGCACUCGUAGGAAUUUGUGCUUAUGAAGUGAGGCUAAUAGCAUUUCCGAACAAUAUAGUAUUUUAAGUAAGGGCCAGUCAAGUAUAGACUAAGUUAGAACGGAAGCCUUAGUACUUAUGAUUAGAUUGUAAGUGUUGCCAAUACGCUUAGCGCGGUUGGUAGUAUUUGGUAGUUACUUGUGUCACAAUACAGUAGAUUUCGGUAGAGAUGUGUAUAUUUUUGAGAAAAGAUUUUUUCAUCUGUCGUGCCUUGAGAUUCGUACAUUCCGCUUAUUUACUACUUAUAUCUACAAAUAAAAUACUCGAAUAAAAAGUACUAUUUUAAUAAACUCUUUAUAGUGUUGCCAAGUCCUAGGAUUAAUUAGAUAUAGACUAUAUUGUGUAUGUGUGCUGUAAAUCAAUCUAAACGUAUUAUUUUCGUUGCGAUGUAAAUUGCUUUAAAUGCCCGUCGUAUUAAUUUGUAUGUUGCGGUUUUUUAAAAGGCCUCUUAAUGUAUUUUUUACAAUUAAUUUUAAUAAUUGUUUUUAAUCAUGUUCCUUGGCGGUUUAUUAUUUGCUUUUAAUGAAUUAGAACGUGUUUUAUCUAUACUAAUGUUAUAAAGAGGUAGAGUUUGUGAGGUUUUCGGGGGUAAUAUCUGGAUCUACUGAACCGAUUUUGAAAAUUCUGUUACCAAUAGAAAGCCACGGUAUUUGUGAGUGUCGUAGGCCAUAUAUUAACCCGAAAACUUAUAAAACUUUUUUGUGGUAGUCCGAUUUGCAAAGUCGCAGAAGAAACCGUCGAACGAAAACGUUUUCACUGGGACACCAUACAGACACCAGAGUCAUGACGCGUCCGAGCUGGUCGCGCCACCAAAUUUGUUGCGUAACCAAACGGACACCAGGGUACUAAUUUCCUAUCUUUUUCUUCAUCGGAUUACUCUUGACAGAGAAGUCGUGGUCACGUCGAACGACGAACGAUUCUACGCCAGUUAUCCCUGGCUGUUGCUUCUCUGGCACAUGUGUUGAGGGGAGUGUCGGUUAGGGCUUUGAUCUGGUCUGUCCAGAGCAAAGGGGAGCGUCCUCUUGACCUACUGCCGUUGACCCUUCACUGAACAAGUCUCUCUAUGGCAUGCUCUCCACGUCGCGUGAUAUGUCCGAAGUAUCUGAGGAUACGUGCUCCAACUAUAGAUGAAAGCCUUUCUUUCACCUUGUUUCUUCAAGUAUCGCGACGUUUGUGCGGCGUUGUGUCCAAGAUACUAGUAGCAUUCGUCUCCAACGCCACAUUUCUAGUGCGUCCUCCUUCCACCUUCCUAUAGAGCUUUGUACAUUUUGUUGGUAGCGGUGACUGGAUGCGCCACCUUGGUCUCCCGGUGAAAUAUAGCCCUUACGGACGCUGACUUAACGAUGAGAGAUAUAGAUAUUAUUUUCUUUGAUUAACGCGAGUGUUUCACAUUUAAAUAAAACACUUAAAGGGUUAAAACGCGUGUAAUUGUAACUGCAUUAACAUUACAUUUUUGCGUAAAAGUUACAUUUUCAUUAACCCGACGUUUCAAGACCUUUCCAGGUCUCGUUUUCAGGGGGACUGCAGAUGAAAUGAAUCAAAGAUAGUAUUUGUCAUUUACUGCCUCGGAGGUGGUAUUUGCUGUUACAAUUACACGCGUUUCAAUUCCUUUCAAAGUGUUUAUUUAAAUAUAUAUGCAUGUGGCAGUAUUUAAACACCUACUAAUAUGGUUACAGUGGUAAAUACGAACAUAGUCGCGGGUAACAGUGGCACCGAUUUCAUUUAUAAGUAGUAAUUGUUGACUUAUUCGAUUUAUUUUUAUAUGCCAGCCAUUUUGUUACUUAUAACGAUACUUCACGACAAAUCACUGACCCGUAUAAAUACCACUGGACAGACCGUUUCAUAUGUUUGACAGCAAUUUUUUUUUUUUGUGCCGAUUUGAAGCGCCACUCGCGAGCGUCCUUAUUUUGCAAGCAUUUUUAUAGUAAUUAUAAAUAUAAUAACUUUAAUUUUAAAACACGAAGCACAGUUCUGGUGACAGGAUCAUCCUGCCACUAUAAGUAGCGCCAUUUUAAGCUUUAAUAUCAUUUUGUAGAAGUCGAAUUGGAGAUAUUUCUGAAUUACAUUUUGAAGGUUAUGAGAAUGUUAAGUUUAAAUGUUAUGUAUGAUUGGUUUGUUAUGACAGCACAUACCCAGUUGACAUAGAGUAGUUUACUUUGUACGUAUUGUUUUAGGUUUAAAUAAGUUUAAAAAAAACAACUAUAUUUGCCCGCCCAGUAUGUCUUGCAGUAUCUGUCAGUCUUGAUUGGAAAACUUAUACAGAUAUUUAUAAAAAACUAUGUGCCUGCGUACUCUGGUACUCAGUACACAGGGAAGAAGUGAAAGUUCUUUAUGACAUCACGGUAAAAAAACUAGUAAAAAAAUAAGGACUCCGUCUCACCUUACAAAAACAGUGUAGCACCAAAACAAGGCGAUUAACGUGUAAAUACAUAGCCCCACGCACACACUUACACUACUACAGGCCGAUAGGCGGCCAUUAUAAGAAUUGUCAUCGUCUGUGACAGAUCUGUUUGCGUCUCAAUAGAAUAUCUUAAAAAUGCCGUCGUGCAUUGUGAAAAGUGUAAAUCUAUACUAUAUAAGUAUUUGUGGCCAUGUAUAUAUGUAAGGGAGAUAAAAUUGUUAAACUAGUAUCCCCCGUAGCCGCACACACACUAGCAUAACGGUGUUUUACUUGCUAAUAUCACGGCGCGGAGUCGUUUUUUUUUCGUUUAGUUUUACUCGUCCGUGUAUGACAUAUAAUUUUUCUACUAUUUAUAACUUUACAAAAAUUGGGUAGAUAAGGCUUAAGAAAAAAAAUAUCCAUAUUAAAUUAAAGUUUUUUUUUAAUAUUGAAAUUUAUACAACAAGUGAGCGUGCUCACGUGUUGAUUGAAUAUAUAUUAUUCUAUACGUCACUAUUCUGAGGUCUGAUAAAAAAAACAUGACGCGUAACCGAAAAUUAUCACCACAUUGCUAUAAUAUUUCUUUCAUACGUCGAUAAAGAAAUUUCUUUCACUUAUAAAAACAACAUGACGCGUUACCGAAAAUUGUGACCACAUUGCUAUGAAAUAUCUGUCAUACAUCGUUAAACAAGUUUCUUUCACUUAUCAGAGCAACAUGGCGCGAAACCGAAAAUUGUGACGACAUUGCUAUGAAAUAUCUGUCAUACAUCGAUAAACAAGUUUCUUUCACUUAUUAGAGCAACAUGGCGCGUAACCGAAAAUUGUGACGACAUUGCUAUGAAAUAUCUGUCAUACGUGGAUAAUGAAGUUUCACUUCAAUAAUUAGAAAAAAUAAAUUUAAACCUUAUCUGUAAUUAUAGUAUUCGUGACGCUCUAUUUUAGCAUUGGGUUCACAACAACGAAAUUCAACAGCGAUCAUUAACAAUAUAAGAUUAAGAAAGGAAUUCAAAUGACACGAUUCGCGUAUUAAUAAUGCGCCAAUUAUUUUGCAAACGGUACUGAUUUUUCAAGUGUCUGUCUGGACCUGACGUCAUCAACAUGGCGGGCGGUCCGCCCAACAAUUUUCGAGGACUUAACCUUGUUGACGGUUCAGCUACAUGUGUAGCUAUUAUUGAUAAUUAUAUUUAAGUUUUAUGGUACAAAUUGCAACCAGUAUUUUACCGCAUUUAUUAAUAUGAAUAUUUAUUACUUUACGAUAAAAUAAAACAGUUUUUUACGAUUUAAAACCUUAUCAUUUUUACAAGAAACAUGAUCAACACCAUUGGUUUUUCCCUUGUAUUUUUAAGCAUACUUUAAGAUAUACUAUUUGUUUUAAGACAUUAACCGAAAAACAUAUUUUGGAAGAAGUAUCUUAAUUAUAAGGAUAUUUUAACACAAUGUUUUAUUGCUAACUGCGGAUACGUUUAAAGGGGGCACCGAACGAAAGCAGAACAAAUGUAGAUGUGAGAUGUAGUAUUUUUAAUACCUGAGGCUUAGAUGUAUAAUAUAGUAUACAUGUCUAACGGAGAUUAUACAAGAUAGAAAAAGUAAGCUAAUCUACUGUUGUAACCGAUACGCUGAUAUAUUCUAAGUCUAUUAAUACUUAAAUCAGAUGAAGAAUUUACGCCGUACUAAGGGUUUAUUUAAUUUUUUAGAUAUUACUUUGGACUUUUGUUUUUUAAAGGCGAAAGGUGGGCAGAAAACACGCAAACUAUGUGUUUUUAAACAAGUUUUAUGGUGAAAAUAUAGCAAUUGGAUCUUUGAACAUUACUUAAUCCUGUUACACAUACCCUUAAGUCUUAUUUGUAGUUUGCUUAUGCUUGCUGUUAGUUAUAGUUAACACUCCAGAGCUGUUGCGAACUUGUUUAGCUAAACAAGUUUUUAUAUUUUCAUUAUGCUUUGUAAACGAUGAUGCGAGAAAUGCGACGUUGCCAGACUUACACUUGC